AUGUCCAGGAUCUCCCUGGAAAGCGGAAUAAAACCCUGCACGAUUCGUCAGUACACUGGUGUCGAAGAUAAAAAGACAGACACGGUUACCUUGGCCGAAGUCUUUCAGCCGUCUUGGAGAUACAAGGAAGAACUCAGCUCAACCGACUUCUGGCUACCGUACCCUAUGGCUACCUCUUGCGAAAUACACCGCAUCUUUGGAGAUCCCAAUGCCAAUUUUCCCAACUUGCCUGGGCAAAAACAUGACCAAAACAAACACAAGCAAGUGAUUGCGAUCACCAGCUUGUACAGGCAUGCUGACCUGUCAGUGGCAAUCGGUGGGGGGUUGCCCUGGCUCUCCAUCGUCAGCUCUGACUUAAUAAUUGCCGUCUAA